AUGGAUGACAGUAUGGAUUCAGUUGAAACCGAAGAAAAAGCAAUUGAACUAUAUAAUCAACUUACACAACUGUGGAAAAAGGCGGGAAUGACCGCAAGAAAAUGGAUUUCUAAUUCAAAGAUAGUGAUGGAAUGCAUUCCUAUUGAAGCUAGAGCAGCAAAAAUAAACAUAAACAUGGAGAACUUACCUACAGUGAAAACACUGGGCGUAUCUUGGGAAGCAGUCGAAGAUAUGUUUACAUUUAGUUACACUCUACCAUCAGAACCAGUUACGAGUAAACUGCUGCUCUUAAAAUACAUUUUAAAACUCUUCGAUCCACUUGGAUUCUUGUCUCCUUUCGUUAUUCGAGCAAAAAUUUUAUUUCAAGAACUAUGGACGUCAGGAGAAGAUUGGGGUGAAACGCUACCAGACAAAAUAAAACAAAAAUCGGAUAUCUGGUUUAACGAACUGACAAGUAGUCACUAA